UAUGAUGAAUUAAAAGGCGCUGGUAUUAAUGAAGAAAAAAUAAAAAGUCUAAAUCAACAAUUACAAACUGAGAAGGAAAAGAAUAAAGUUUUAGAGGGAAAAUUGAGUGUUUUGCCUCCGCCUAUAUCCAUAAAAGAAGAAAGUAUAAUAAAAAAGGUCAAGGAACUAUUAAAUUCCGCUAUCAAUCCUUUAAAACAAGAAAUCGAGGAAUUAUUGAAAAAACAAGCGGCAAAUAAUAGUUCUCUAAAUAAAUCCCCUACUGAAUUACCAACUGAUUAUGAAUUGAUAAAGGCUGAUAAAGAAGAAUUGCUUAAAAUCUUUGAAACUUUGAAAUUAAAAAUAUCAGAGAGUGAAGAAGAAAAAUAA